ACUUCCACCGAUUUCAAACAAACAAAUAAAAAUAUCAGAACCCUCCUUUUCCCUCUCCAAAACCUCCCGUCCCUCUCUCUCUACCUUCGGAUUUUCGAAAUCGUUCUGUCCGAUUCCAACAGAUCACAAUCUCUUCCGCGAUUCUUCCAGAUCGAUCUUCAUGGACGCCGUAGGUACCGAUCACGAUCGCCGUUUUUGCCGUCUCAGCCUCAUCGAUUUCGCCUCCGAGGAUGAUUUCCUCCUCCCUUCUCCUUCCUGCGACCUCCACGACGUCAAUUCUUUAGACAUUACAAAGGAGGACGAGGAACAUGAUAGUAUGAGACAAUUAGGGACCGUAGAUUCUAGCAGAAUAGAGGAGAGAAACGAUGCCUUCGAACAGAGAGAGGAUGAACCUCAAUUACUCUCAUCUUCGGAACCGGAAGGGAUCAGAAGAAAUGGAAAGUAUAACUUGCGUAAGAGUUUAGCAUGGGAUAGCGCUUUCUUCACUAGUGCAGGGUUUCUGGAUCCUGAGGAGUUAACUAGCAUGAUGGCACCCGUAGGCAGGAGUGAAAAACGUGCAUUACCCAUAAUUUCAGAAGAUGUUCAGAAAUCCUCAGAUUCAAUUUCUACGUUGGAAAGUGAAAUUAUGCCAUUGGAAAGCAUUGAGGGCAAUUUAUUCGAAGAUGUAAGGGCUUCAAUUCAGAAAUCUAGUAGAAUAGUUGGGAAGGCUAACUCAAGAACUAAAGUUGGAUCCGGGCGACAGGAAGCAGAAAAACCGCCAUCUCAAGGACGGCUUGAUCUUACUUCACAAAAUAAGAUGAAGGACAGGUCUGCAUCCAGCAAGCUAAAUGAUGGGUUGCAAGGACCUGGGAGAACUAUUAAGCAGAAUUCUACUCAACCACGCGCUGGACAGCAAUUGAAGGCAGUUGGCAGGCUUCCUCCCAACUCAGUAUCAACAAAGAGGCCUUCCCUUGGCCAUAAUCCUAGAGCCACUGCAAAGGAUGGUACUAUAAGUGGUGCAGGACCUGCAGAUCGGCGGGAUUCAGUUAGUCUUAGAACUACUGCACAUAGGCCUGCCCGAAUUUCAAGUGCAGCCAAGAGUGAGCAGAAGACUUCCUCUCAAGUUUCUACAAGUUCAUCUGACAAGGUUGGAAAAUCUUCCUCCAAAGAUGUAAGAAAGAAAACAGAGUCUAAGGCUUUACCUUCCUCUGGUACCCAAAAAACACCAUCCCAAGUUGCAUCAAAGGUCACAAGUCCUAUUGGGAAAUCUCGUCUCUCUUCUAAGUUUUCUUCAGGAAUAUCACCUGCUAGCUCUAUCAGUGAGUGGUCAACGGGGUCAUCAUCAAAUUCCACUCUUGAACAACGAUCAAAUAGCCCAAGAGUCCGGCUUCAGUCUAUUUCAAGCAAAAUAAUCUCUACAGACAGUGAUGCAUCUCAUGAUGGCAGAAACCAUCCUGGUGGACCCCAUACUCAGACUACUGGUUUGCUGUCUCAAUCAGUAAAGAAAACUUCUUCACAAUCUUCUGUACCUCCUGCUUCAAUGAAGCCUUCGGGCCUUCGAUUGCCAUCACCUAAAAUCGGAUACUUUGAUGGGGGGAAAACAUCUAGCAUGAAAUCUAAUCCGGCUGUACCCGGUGGCAUGACUAAGAUUGGAGCUGGAAAUGGCAGCACAAAUGGAGGCCAAAGUAAGGCCAAACCUUCAAAGCUCCAACCUGCAAGAAUGUUGCCCAAGAGCACAACUCGUGGUAAUACUCAUCCUAAUAUGAAUAUGAAAUCUCGUAAACCUUCUGCAACUAAGAUGUCCAAAAUAAACGAGAUUGACCAAGAAGUCGAGGAGCUUUGUCGUGAAGGAUCAAAAGCCGAUUUGCACGAUUCAGAUGCAUGUGCAGAAGGUUAUAGGAAUUCUGGCGCUUUGAGGGAGAAGAUGAUCAAAGAAAAUGAAGCUUGCAGUAACACAAAUGAAACAACGACAGCUAACUCUAACGGAGAACCUAACAACAGCUCACUGAACUUCCAGACUUAAUGUUGAUUGUAUGCUUCCAUCUCAGAGAAAGUGAUCAGUGAAUGUGGUGAGAGAAUUUGUUCAGGAGGGUUCACUGUAAUACCGAGUGGAAAGAAUUCAUUAUGAAGAAGCCAACUUUAUGCUUGCAGAAGGUAAGUCAGAAUCAUGAAUUUGGUUGGUAUCAAUUUUCAGAAAGAGUUUAUUAACUGUCGAUGAGGAUUCUCGGCUUGUGAAAUAUCUGAUAAUGUUCAAAGGAAGCCUCCCACUUGUCAAAACUCACAAGUUUCACUAUCUCACCGCUCAUCUAACUUUGGUAACUGUCAUCGACAUGAAUAUCCUUUCUAACUAAGAUCUAUUUGGAAUGACUUUUGAAAUGCUUAAAUUGGUAUUCUAAGCAUAAACAAACGUUCUUAAGCACUUGAAAAGUCAUUCCAAAUAAAUCCUAAGGAUGCCUUUGUCUCAGCUGCAGCCUCAAAUGUGGAUUAAGAAUGGCCCAUCUUGGCCAUCCAAGCAAGAGCAUUCUGAGAACAGACAAUUCUAAUGGCUUUUUGGGUCUUCUGGUGGAAUGGGAAGGUCUGUUGUGCUGCAGCUGAGCAUAUGAUACCAAUUAUAUGGAGGCAUUGCUGAUCAGUGAGUUGGUAUGGCUAUUGUCGUUCGUGAUGCUUGUAGGCUCGGCGGAAUGCGACUUUUUUGGGGAUCAAAGAGAAGUAUGACGACGUUAAUUUCGCACCAUUCUAAAUCCAGAAAUGGUUGGCUUUAGUUCAUGAAUAUAGUAUUGUGGAUGUUCCUCUUUCCUCUUUUAACCAUUUUUGCCGUAUUGAACAUUUCUGGGAAACGGGUACUGCUGUGAAAAUUUUAUUGUAGUAAUUGUGGAUCCAUCUGGUUAUGGUUUAACCUUAUAAAUCAUUUGAAGAUCUA